CGUCCUAAACAAACCCGCUGGUGGCUGUGUGCAGGGAAUGCGACUGACGGCCGGUAUUUCUGUCUUUGCUGUGUAACCGACAGUAUCCUUGCUUUUCAGCUUGGUUUGAGCAUGGAAGUUUCAGAGGGAGAGAAUGCACUAUUUUCAGAGGAACCGAGCCCAACGCAGAAAAUGUGGACAGAUGAUGAAACAGAAGAUGAGGGCACAGGAGAAGGAUUUAAAGAUGAAGAAACGCUGUUUCCGAAAUCUGUGGAUGAUUUUGGGUUCAACUCUGACUCAAGCUGGGAUGGCGAUGAGGCUGAUCUAGCUGUAGAUUUCGACGUCAUUAAGAAGAUGAGCUGUGCUGAGAGAUCACGGAUGUUCAAGCUGCGCACAAACUUGGACCAGCUGGACUCCUUACACAAACAGAAGGAGUAUGAGGUCCUGAAAGCCAGGGAGGAACUAAAAGCAUGCCAGCUGCGCAUCGCAGAGCUGGAGAAACAGCGAGUCGACGUAGAAGAAGAAAUAAGCAAGCAGGAAAAAGCAGAGAAUACAGCGGCAUUGUUUCGCCUGCGGGCACUGCAGAGACGGCUUUGCGUGGAGCUGCAAGGGGAGGAGGACCUUGAGUCGCAGAUUGAACUUGUGCUGGGAGAAAAUGAAUAUGAGCUGUGCCAGGUCGAGGUGGAGCAGGGCAGAUUCUCUUCCCUUCGUCGUGAGGUCCAGAGGGACGAGGAGGAGAGCGAGACACAGCGAGGCUGGGAGGCCAAUCAGAGGCUUCAGAAGGAAGAGGCAGCCAUGCGAAGAGCAGAACUCCGGAAACAGCUAGACAGAAAGAAACAAAUGAACUCCUUCAAGGAGCAAGAGGUGCAACAUCGAAAGGCAGUGGAAGACGCAGUGAAGAACCACAAGAAAGCUGUUCGGUUUCUGAAGGAGACAACGAGCAGAAUUCAUCAGAAAGAAACUGAGAAAGAAUUACGAAGCCGAGAGGAGAUGGAAAGGCGGACGCAAGCUGUUUUGUCACUGAAAAGCAAGAUCACAGCUACCAAAGAAAAUAUUCGUGCUAUGCAGGCCCAUGAUCAAGCAAAAGCUGCAGUGCAGAAGGAAGAGGAGAGACGGAUCAGAGAGUCAGUGAGGAGAGAAGGAGGGAACGUCACCAAAUACAUGUACCAACAAAAGCGGCUGCAGGAGUUUGAGAGACAGAAACAGGCGUUCGAGGAGCAGAAAAAGUCCCGCAAGGUAGAAAUCCUCUCUAAGAUCCUGCAAGAAGAAGCCCAGAUGGAAAAACGCAAGAAACUCCUGCCUGAUCUUUUUCCAAAAAUGCAGAAAAGCCAGGACUUCAUGCCAGAGUCUGGGAAGCCUAGUGAUAAAUUACUGCAGUACUUAGAGAUGACUUAUGGGGAGGCAGAUGAUGAAAAUUAUAGACCUAAUUGGCGUUCCCCAUCCCCAAUGUCCGAGGAUGGUGUCCCAAUAUCAGGAAAAGGGUCAUCUGGUCCUGAUUUAUCACCUGGCUCCCAAGACUACACUGAGGAUGGAGACAGUAAAGAAGAGGCAGAAGAAAGCCUUGCUCAGCCUGAAUUCACAGGAUUAUGGGAUCAGAAGCACAAGACAUACAAGAUACCGCAAGAUGAGACUCGACCCAGGCCCAUUACUACAAACAAAAUGGAGCAAGAGAUUUUAGCUCGAACUCUGGAGAAACACCGGAGUGGAAUCAUCCGAAAACAGGUUGUGGUUGGCAAGGAAUUCAAGGGAUGCCCAUUCUACAGCAAACCGGACGUCAUCCACUUCAAGGAUUUUGAGGUUGGAAAAACAUAUAAGAAGAAAGUAAUGCUGACCAACUCUACAUACACCAUCAACUUUUGCAAGCUGGUGGGAGUCAGUGAGCACCUAAGAGAUUUCAUUUAUCUCCACUUCGAUCCUCCCGGCCAGGUGUCUGCGGGAAUGGCUUGCGACUUGGGGGUGACAUUUAAACCCAUGAUAAAUGAGGAUCUAUUUGGAGAAGUGACGUUUCUGACUCAAACCGGCCCUUUUGCAGUUCCCCUGAAAUGUACCAUCAAGAAAUGUGAACUGGCUGUCGAUAGCAGCCUCAUUGACUUUGGUACCCAUGUGGUGGGCGAGACAAUUUCACGGACCAUCACCCUGUCCAACCGAGGGGCCCUGGGAACAAAGUUCAAUCUGGUGACGUCGGCGAGCUCCAGUGCUGUCCGACUCACUCCCGAGCCCUCCCCCCUGACACCCCGGGAUUCCCCUCAUGCUGAUGUUGUAUCAGAAGCUAAGGGAAGCACAACGCAGGACUCAGGAGAAAGCUGUAAAGAACAGUCAGAGGGCCCUGACCAUUCCAGUGAGACACGCAGCCACAAGGCAUCCAAGGAAAAAUAUGCGUCUUUAUCCUCAAGUGAACAAACUCCCCUCGUACCAAAACAGCAGAACCAAGACAUGGCUGUGGCCUCUGACCUCAUGUCAACGACUGGAAGUAGGGCGGAAUUGCUUGAGUCCAGUGCACAGGAGUUGCUGGAAACCAGUGAGAUCAAGCCUGGAGAGGUGACCGAAGGUGAACUCAAACCAUUCGGUUUUGUCAAACUUCAAAUAAUGUUUACGCCAACGAUACCUGGAGAGGUCCAGAUGGACUUUGACAUCAAGUUUUCUGACCCAAACUCCCAGUCUAUCCCAGUCAGAGUUCGAGGAGUUGCCAUAGAUGUCCCUGUGUGGGUUUCAAAGCCAAAUGUUGACCUAAAGAUCUGCAUGUAUGAUCGCCUGUACCAGGAUAGCAUUCCUGUGCACAGCAGGGUGAACACAGCUGUUCGUGCAACGUUUGAAGUGUGCAAGGAACUGAAAAACCACAUGGAACUGCUUCCAAAAUCAGGUUAUAUUCAGGCACAGUCCACCUUCAAUGUGCAGCUCAAAUUCCUUCCCAGGCUUUCGUUGAUGGAAGAUGCUGGCGGAUACUUUGAUAAGGAGACGGGAGUUUUGGAAGUCCCCAUGACAAUACAUGUGGCAGAUCAGACCCGGCCACUUCUGUUUGCAGUCCACGCUGUUGUCACAGCUUCUGAUCUGGAGUUUGACAGAAAAGAAGUGGAUUUCGGACACUGCUCCAUCCACGAGUCGGUUCAAACCAGCGUGCACCUCACAAACAAGUCUCUUCUUCCGCAGGAGUUUGGGUUUGUCGGAAUUCCAAAGUAUGUAGAUGUUCAGCCCAAUGAUGGCUUUGGCAUCCUUCUUCCCAUGGAGACUGUCGAGAUUGACAUCAUAUUCAGUGCUAAAAAGGCAAAAGAAUACAGCUUUGAGCUCACCUGCAAGUCAGGAAUCAACAGAGAUUUCAAGUUGUCUUGCAAAGCAGUUGGAGUCCACCCUCCCCUGGAGCUGUCUCACUCUCUGGUCCAGUUUGGUGCCACGGCGGUGAAUGACAAGUCCACAGCAACCCUGUACGUGGUGAACUCCCACACCAGCCGUAACGAGUUCACCCACCCUGUGCCACGGAUCGGCAAGGGGGAGAUUGCACCCGUGGGUCCGACUUCCUUCGAGUUUGUAUAUCCAGAGGACUCAGAUAUCACCAUCACUCCAGCAGUAGGGACAGUACUACCGGGGAAGAGCUGCCUGGUCCAGGUUUGCUUCAGACCCAGUCUGUAUAAGCAGCAGAUCCAGGAGGAGGCUGUUCACAUGCUGUGUCGUGCUGAGGAGACCAGAUUACUACUGCAGGACAAGAAAGAAAAGGAGGCCACAAAUGCCAAGAAAGCCGAGAUGGAUGCAAUGAGCAAAAAGGAGCCUCCGUCUGCAUCGAAAGGGAAAAAGAAGCAAAAGCAAGCCUCCGCUAAACAAACAGCGAGCGAGAAGAACACCAGAAUAUGUGACACUCCCAGAGCAAACUCCAAUGAGAACAGAAGCCCCUUCAACCCUCCUAAACCAGGAGACAUACCACCAGAUUCAGAUAGCUUUGCUGCCGCCCAGGCUUCACUGAUCCGCUCAUUCAAAGGUUCUUUUAAGAGAUACAUCAUCCCCUGCUUUGUAGCAAGUGGAAAAUCAGCAAAUAGGAAUGAUCCAGGUCACUUGCAAUACAGUCCCCACAACACCCUUUACCUUGAGCUGCACUGUCCUGCAGUAGUGCCCCCUCUAGUGGUGCUCUCCGACCAUGGCAGGAGCACAGUGAAUUUCAAAGAAGUGGCAGCAGGGCAGACGGUGGUAAAGAGGGUUACAGUACAGAAUAUCUCACAUGAAACUCUUGAACUGGGCUCCACCCUCCUGGAUCCCAAUGGUCCCUUCAAGUUAAUGAAUGCGCUCAGGCCUCUGCAGCCUGGAGCUACCCACACCCUGCUAGUUUCUUUUUCUCCUGCGGAGGACAAAAAGUUCUACGAGACCUUGGAGAUCCGAACUUCAAACAUGACCCUUUGCCUGAACCUCUCUGGCAUUGGGAUAUAUCCAUCAGUGACUUGUUCAGCUGAAGGAGGCAUCAUGGAUUUUGGAUAUGUUUUAGCCAAUGAGAGUUCCACAUCUGUAUUCAAGUUGCAGAACACCUCCUCCAUCCCUGUGAACUACAAUCUGAAACAGGACAGCGUGUCUGUGAAGAAGCAUAAAGACCAGCAGGGGCUCCCAUCGUUCCUAUCGCCCAAUAAGGAACCACAGUCCCUAGUAGGUACUCAAAAUAACAGUGGCCUCAGCGUCUUCUGUGUGUCACCUCUAGAGGGUGCUAUCAACCCUGGGACGAGCCAGGAUAUAACCGUGACUUUCCAGCCCGACCACGAGAGUCUGUAUUACUCUGAUCGACUGAUGGUGGAGAUAGUUAAUAAGGAAGUAGCCCAUGUAAUCCAGCUGAAGGGAUCGUCAAGGAUUCACACCAUGUUUGUUGACGGGGGAGACCCUCUGGAUGUUCCAAUUGAAUCCCUCGCCGAUCUGCCUGCAAAGGAAGACCCUGAAGGAAACGAGCUAGUGGAGCUGAUGAAACCAGUCCUGCUCACCCUCAAGGCUGCCUGCAGUGAGAACACACUGACGCCUGCAGUACGGGAGCUGCAGGUCGGCUGUAUCCGAUCCACACAGCCCCUGGCUAAAAAGAACGUGGAGUUUAGUUUAGAUAAUCUAAACAGCCUCCAGCAGAAAGGCUUCAACGUGGAUCCAGGGAAGGGAGCUGUUGAUCCUGGUCAGAAAAAGUCUAUUACUGUGACUUGGGUACCACCUAGUGGCCAUGAUGUGACCCAGCCUGUCUCAAUCGCAACACAGCUUACCCUCAAAGGAGAUGUUACAGAGAUCUACAAACUAACCCUACUCGCUCUGGUAUCAUCGUGAAUGAACAGCAGACUGGGGCUGGGAAAGGCACUCUCAUUUCAUUCUGCGUUUCCUAAGUGCUGGAAAUAAAUGUCUUCAAACAAAUAGCACAGUUUGUACAAAAACACAUUCAUGGAUUUAAAAAAAAAAAAAAUUUUAAAGAUUAAAAUAAAAA